ACAUGAAACGUCAUACGUCAAGUAUGUGUUUGUAAAGUAUUUGUAAAUAGUGUCUAUGAUUUUUAAAAUGCCUCCAACAAUUCAAAACUCCCAAAAUGGAACAAACACUACUGACAAAAGACCUGUCAAACCAGUUGAAAAAAGGUCGGAUUUAAUUUGUAAAGUAAAAUAUUGUAAUACUUUACCAGAUAUACCUUUUGAUUUGAAGUUCAUUUCGUAUCCAUUUGAAUCAACAAGGUUUAUUCAAUAUAAUCCCACAUCAUUAGAACGAAAUUAUAGAUAUGAAGUAUUAACAGAGCAUGAUUUAGGUGUUAGUAUCGAUUUAAUUAACAAAGAUAUAUAUGCGGUUGAACCUCGCGCAUAUUUGGAUCCUGCAGAUGAGAAAUUAUUAGAAGAAGAUAUUUUAACACCACAGGAUUCCAAACGAUCCCGUCACCAUGCCAAGUCAGUGUCAUGGCUGCGACGUACUGAGUACAUUUCAACAGAACAGACAAGAUUUCAACCACAAACUAUGGAUAAAGUUGAGGCUAAAGUUGGUUACAGCAUUAAAAAAUCCCUUAAUAAUGAAACAUUAUAUAUGGACCGUGAUUCUCAAAUCAAGGCAAUUGAGAAAACUUUCGAAGAUUCCAAAAUUCCCAUUGAGAAACAUUAUAGUAAACCGAAUGUUGUACCAGUUGAAGUUCUUCCAGUAUACCCAGACUUCAAUUUGUGGAAAUAUCCUUGUGCUCAGGUCAUUUUUGAUUCUGAUCCUGCCCCUGUUGGUAAACAAGUUCCAGCCCAGAUUGAGGAAAUGUCACAAGCUAUGAUUCGAGGUGUCAUGGACGAAAGUGGAGAACAAUUUGUCGCCUACUUUCUGCCUACAGAUGAAACCCUACAGAAAAGGAGAGAUGACUUUGCAAAUGAAAUACCAUACCAAGAUGACGAAGAAUAUGAAUAUAAAAUGGCAAGAGAGUAUAACUGGAAUGUUAAAAGCAAGGCAAGCAAAGGCUAUGAGGAAAAUUACUUUUUUGUUGUUAGACAAGAUGGUAUAUAUUAUAACGAACUUGAAACUAGAGUACGUUUAAGUAAAAGAAGACAGAAAGUCGGACAAGCUCCAAGUAAUACCAGACUUAUUGUCAAACAUAGACCGAUGGAUGCAAACGAAUUCAGAAUGCAGAGAUACAGAGAAAAGCAGCUUGAGCCACCAGGUGAAGAAGAUGAAGAGAUGGAAGUUGAGGAAAAUCAGGAAGAAAAUACACAAGAAGACCAGGAAAAUGAGAGUCAAGCUGAGUCAGAUCAAGAAAAUCAUAAGGAAAAAGAAAGUGGAAAUGAGAGCAACGAUGAAGGUGGUUCUAGAGCAUCAUCUAGAUCUUCUCGUAGAUCUCGAAGAUCUAAAUCGGGUUCAAGAUCACGGUCAGGUUCAUCUUCUCAUUCUAGAUCUAAGUCGAGAUCAAAGUCCAAAUCUAGAUCCCGUUCCAGAUCAGGAUCUGGAUCAAGGUCCAGGUCUGGCUCAAGAUCUAGAUCUCAGUCUAAAUCCAGAUCACAAUCUCCGGCUGGCUCAAAAUCUCCAUCUAGGUCAAGAUCAGCUUCAAAAUCCCGUUCAAGAUCUAGAAGUAAAUCUCAAAGCAAAUCUCCAUCUAGAUCUAGGUCUAGAUCAAAGUCUCCCUCGAGAUCAAAAUCCAGGUCUAAAUCUGCUUCACGGUCUAGAUCCCGAUCUAGAUCUGGUUCGGAAUCGGGGUCAGGGUCUGGAUCAGCUCAGUCGGACAGCGAUUAAAAUUUUUUAAAGGUUUAAUUUAUUAAGUCGUCCCUUUUAUUAAUUUUACGGUGAUUUUACGUUAUAAUGUAUGAUAUUCAUAAGAAUAAAACUCUAGUUCUCUACA